CCCGCUAGUGCAGCAGCUGCUGAGGCUGCUCUGUCCGACAGAUAUUGGGAGAGUUCUCAGCCUUUUGUAAAAGUCUCUUAGGUGAUGCGUAUAGGAUCUUGCAGGCAAGCCGCAGUCUUCCUUUACUCUCACUGCAAUUUUUCCCCAUUGGCCAAAGAUGAAUCUUGAAAGUUAAACGACUGAUCGGAUCAUUCUAGUUAGAGCCAAUUCUAUUGUGUGAUCCCAUUAUCCGGAGACGGAGGGCAGCCCACCCCCUUAUCCCCCCUCCUUCUGGAAGCAGCAUCCCAGUGUGUGGGUCUCCCAUUAGGACAGUGACAGCUGGCUAGUAUAUUUUUCUACUGUGUGCUGGAUUUAAUGCUGAGACAUGCAAAACAAUAGCUCUGGGGACGGUGAAGCUAAAGACUAUGGAAAAGUCGAGUAGCGAAGACUCUUCUAUACACCGAAGUCCAUCUGUGGACAGCAGGGACUCAGCGAAGCCAUCUACCUCCAGCAGGGAAUUUGGUAGAGGAUUCACGGCCGGAGCUUUUUAUGGCAAUGCAGGAUCUCGUACACAGAGCCAUGCUGGCGUAAAGAGGGACAAGUACACUGCACCCAAAGGAGGCAAAUAUGUGGUCUUUUACCUGGAUCUAUCCUUUGUUUUUCUCCUAGAAUUUAAGAAGUGCAACAUGGCGAGAGGCUGUCUGUGUUGUUUGAAAUAUAUGAUGUUCCUCUUUAACUUGAUAUUUUGGCUCUGCGGCUGUGGAUUGCUAGGUGUCGGAAUAUGGCUUUCUGUAUCACAAGGAAACUUUGCAACAUUUUCUCCUAGUUUCCCUUCGCUUUCAGCAGCAAAUCUAGUUAUUGCCAUUGGCACAAUCGUCAUGGUGACUGGCUUCAUGGGCAGUCUCGGUGCUAUAAAGGAAAACAAGUGCCUCCUCUUAAGUUUUUUCAUCAUUUUGCUGAUAAUCCUUUUGGCUGAGCUGAUUCUGCUUAUCCUAUUCUUUGUCUAUAUGGACAGGGUCAAUGAGAGUGCAAAGCAGGAUUUGAAAGACGGUUUAUUGCUUUACAACACAGAAAAUAAUGUUGGGCUGAAGAAUGCUUGGAACAUUAUUCAGGCUGAAAUGCACUGUUGUGGAGUGACAGAUUAUACCGAUUGGUAUCCGGUGCUAGGAGAGAACACAGUUCCUGAUCGAUGCUGCAUGGAAAACUCUCAGGAUUGUGGCCAUAAUUCGACCAGCUUAGUAUGGAAGACUGGCUGUUAUGAGAAAGUAAAGAUGUGGUUUGAUGACAACAAGCAUGUCCUUGGUACAAUUGGGAUGUGUAUACUCAUAAUUCAGAUACUUGGAAUGGCCUUUUCUAUGACCCUUUUCCAGCAAAUCCACAGGACUGGCAAAAAAUAUGACGCCUAAGGGCUUCUCAACAAGACAUUUGUAUAAAUAUACUUUGCCAUAAACUUUGUCAAGAACCAAGGAAUCUGAAUAUUGGUCACCAGACUGCCAUCACAGCCGAAACUUUACUGUUACCUGUCUAUACACCUAUUAUUAAUUUGCCAAAGAAGAAAGGAAAUGCUUAGAGCCAGUUUGCUGCUCUAACACUCUUCUUGAACGUGUAUAAAAAAGAGCUUUGCUUACUAAUACACUUAAGACUCCUACCAAUACAUGGUGGAUAUGCUUAUGCUUCUUGAAUUUGAAAAAUAAAAGUGAAGAACACUACAAAAUGGAUGACUUAUGAGAGCCAUUGAAAAUUAGAGCCCCUCACAUUCGUGAUAUGGGCCAGUUUGCAUGGAACGGACUGAAUAUUUUUUGUACCUUAUGGGACUUGUUUUUUGUUACUCUAAUUAGGACUAGAGUUUUCACUGACAUGUUUUUGAACUUUUUGUCGUUACUUUUGCUUUUUUGGUUCAUGCUCCACAUAUAUCAUGUUAACCACAAAACUACAAAGUUCUCUGUAAUCUUUAAAGAAUGCACCUGCAGUAAGUAGGUUCCGAAAUGAGAACUAGAGUUACUAUUUCAGAUAUAAUGUAAUAAUUGAUAAUCUCUUUUUGGUUCAUAUACUGUACCCAAGUUACCUUCAGCCAACCAAACGUAAGGUCUGCGUCAAAGAUAUUACUGUUUUUACAUUGUAAAGGUAUAUUGAUUGCAUUUUUUAUUUUUUUUGUAGCCAUGUAUUGGAUUCAAAUGUUACAUUGUCAAUUUAAAGUGUUGUUCCAUCUAAAUAAUAUUUUCAGGGCUACAAAUUGAGAACCACUAUGAGCCCUGAGUGAUUGUCGCUUCCUUUCCCCCAUAAAACUGUGUGUAACGUAUAGAGUUCCAUCAACCUGGACAGAUGAACCCUAAAGAAACUUACAUUUGGCUCAAAGCACUUUGGCCGCAAAUAUCAGAGCAAUGAAAAAUGCAUUUGAGGCCACAUUUAGAUCAAUCAAUUUUAGCUUCCGUAUUAAAAGUGUUAGAUCUGUUAGACCCUGACCUUCACACAGCUUCAAGUGAGCCAAACUUAGAUCACCCUAGUAUUAUAUGGUGAUCUAGCGUAAGUUCAGUCCACUUGAACUGGGGUUGAUGUGGCCAUAGUAUGGACACUAAAUUGAUUGUAGAACUUCCAUCUGAAUGCAGCCUAAGGCUUAUAUUUUCCCAUCAUUACUGAUUGUGUAUAUAUAUAUAUAUGUAUAUAUACGAUAAUUCAGGGCAGCACUCCAAGUAGAAAAAAUAGGGUGCCAGCAGAAAAAACACCUUACCAAGGUGUAUGAUAUAGAAAUAGAAGACA